UUGAAGACACCUUGUUGUGCGCGUUUGAAAGCGGCUGCCUGACUGAGCCUGAGACUCCGCCGGGCUGAGGGGACCCAGACAUCCGCAGAUAUGUUCACCAGAAUGCUAAAGCUGAGGCUGCUCAACGUGGUCGCACCCGUGUACUUCUUCAUGGCCACGGCGGUCACCUUCGUCUUGCACUUUUGCCUCUUCAUCCCGACCAUCUUCCCAAAUCCGGACACAUGGCCGAGGGGCUCUACUGCUCUUCACACGGUUGUGUUCCUCUUCCUGAUGUUCAACGCCUUGGGGAAUUACAUAAUGACUAUCAGAUACACGGCGGCCAGCCCCAGUGAGACUGUGGUUCCCGUGUGUUCGCCGCACUGCUCGGACAAAGUGGACGCCCACUACCUCCUGAACGGCCGUCACUUCUGCAAACUGUGCAGGAAAGUGAUCCUGAAGAGGGACCACCACUGCUUUUUCACCGGGAACUGCAUCGGCAACAAGAACAUGCGCUACUUCAUCAUGUUCUGCAUCUACACCUCGUGCAUCUGUCUGUACUCUCUGGUUCUGGGCGUGGCCUUCCUGACGGUGGAGUACUCCAUCUCCUUCGAGAACCCGCUGACGUUCCUGACCCUGCUCCCUCUCUCCACCGGCUACUUCUUCACGGGAACGGUCUCCGGCCUGCAGCUGUUCCUGGUCCUGAUGCUCUACGUGUGGCUGGGCAUCGGCCUGGUGUGCGCCGGUUUCUGUUGCCAGCAGGUGCUGCUGGUGGCCCGGGGACAGACCUGGUGUCAGAUGCAGAGAGGGGAGCUGGUGGAGAACCGCAGCCCCUGGAGAGCCAACUUGAAGGAUGUUUUCGGCACCCGCUGGAUCCUCGGCCUCAUCCUGCCUCUGCAGACUGCCGAGACAUGCUCUGAGGACACAGACGGACACAAACAGGACUAAGCCGCAGCCGGUGGUAGCAAGAGCAGAAACAAAACGGCACAUGUAGACUCGUAUGUAUAAAAUAUGGGGGCUUUGACGAUUAAGGUUAUCCAUAACUUAGCUAGCUCAUGGCAAACAUUCCAAUAAAGACAGGACACACAGACAGUGCAGAGCACAUGCCUAGUGCACGCAUCUGUGUCCUUUAAGCCGCUUUCUAUUAGGCAAUAUUAAGGCGAAUAGGAUUUACUCAUGUAGCCUUCAUUUUUCCUCCAAAGCAACUUACAAUCGAGGAGCAAUGUGCGGACGGGUUGGAGAUCCGGCUGCUUUAGGUCCAUUUUUAGACGCUUGCACAGUGAUGUAAUGUUUGGCUCUGUUGCCUCCAGAGCUUUGUAAUGUAUCACAGCCUGUAGCACAACUCCGAGACCGUCCAUCCAAGUGCAGGGCUCUUCCACGAGUCCUUAUCGGAUGCUAGGUGGUCAGAUGAGGAAAAUACAACAUAAACUGCCAGGUUAGAGGUUAGAGGCGUUUGUUAUUUCAUGUUGAGCCAGUUGAUGUUUUCUAGUUAAACUUGUGUGUCUCUGAUGGUUCACUUCUUAGUGCCAAUGGCUCAGCAGGGGGGGUAGAAAAAUUAUCCAGGGUAUUAUUCACGAUGUGCCAUAAGGUCAUGUUUAACGUGCUUAUAGAUGACCGCAAAGAUGAGGUAUUAUCCACUCAGCAAAUAACAGUAAGUGAUACAGCUGCUGACGUUUGGGACACAAUGUCAAAAAUGUUUGAAAUAUACUUUUGGAACACAAUAAAAGAACCUAAAU